GAUGGCUGCUGCGAUGGGCUUCUCGAGCUUCGGCUCGCACAAGCCGGCGGCCAAAAAACGGAGGUUUAAUCCAACGACGGACGCGUAUGUUGAGGGACAAGAGCUUGCAAGCUUAGACAAAGGAGGCAAGAAGGGGCAAGGGAGUGGUGGUAAUACAGUACCUCUUGGGAAGACGAGAAUUAUUGGUUCUGGACCGGGUGCUGCAGAUUCGAGUACUGGUCAGAAACAUGUGCCUGGGGGGAAUCAGGAUGAGAUUGAUCUGGGGGAGGAUCAAGAAGAGCUUGGAGAUGGCCCGAAUUAUAUCGAUACAAGUUUGCCGCCACCAAUUGAACAAGGGAGGAGUGGUGGGCUACCAUAUGCUGAUGUGAGCCAGCCGCCUCCAGCGUCCGAUGAAGAAGCCAGGGAGGUGCAAAGACGAAUCGAUGUUCUACUCGCGAGCCUUGAAAAUCAAGGGCCAGAAAAUACUGCAGUUGCCGAGUCGAGCUCGGGAACACAGCCCUCAUCUCAUGAAUUGCCUGCAAGGCCAGGAUUCCGUGAUAGGGCUUCGAUGCAAGGUGGGCCAAGACCAUCGUACAUGUCACGGAAUGACUUCAAUGAUACGGCGUCGAUGGCCAGUAGCUCGAGACCUAGUGAAAGGGGCCAGAAAAAUGCGAACUGGUAUGUGGGCUAUUACGAUCCAAGCUUUAAUGAGAAUCCUUGGACAAGGCUGGAACAGGCGAAGGGACUUGAACCGUUGGGAAGAUGGCCAGACAACCAAGGAGUGCGUAUGGUCCCGUGAGAACAACGCUUAUGAUCUCCAAAGUGUGGUAUCAAAUAUGGCAAUCAGAGAUGGAAUGUUCGUUUAUGGGCGAUCUUGAAUGAAACUCGAGAAUGGCCAUGGAGGUCUCUUCGCCUUUCCCUCUUUCAGGUCAGAAACCUGAUGUUAAUCGACGCCUUGGAGUCCCAAAGAACCUCCUGCGUACAAUCAGCAUGGAAGCUUCAAAGGGACUACUAAGCUGCCAAUCAAAUAUCCAAAAACAAGAGACCAGAUGAAUAAGGUUUUCCGGAAGGCAUACGAAGAAAACCUACUAUCUUAUAGAAUAUGCCAACUUAUACUCUAUCUGCCUUCUUGAGCCCUGCUUUUCAAAACUUCUCGACCUGAUGCGCUCUCCUGGAACCGGUGGGAUCUAGAAGUAUAUCCCCUGACAUUUUCAUAGUCGACCAAUCAAUGCAAAUUGAAAGAUACUACAAUCUAAUUUUGCU